GGGACUUAUCGGGAAACUGUGGGCUUGUACAGAAGCAGCACUGUGUGUCUGCAGGUGUCAACAACAACAUAUUAAAAUACUCCCUUAUUAGAACAAAACUUUUAAGAUUUGAUUUUUCAUAGUUCUAGCCAGAGAAAGGACCAGAAUGUUAAGACGAAUAUUACAGAUGACUCCUGGGAAAGGAGGCUCCCAGAGCUCGGAGUCUGAGCAGCCGUCUGCUGAUGUGAAUAAUGAGUCCUCAGAGGGCUUCAUUUGUCCCCAGUGUAUGAAGUCACAUAACUCUGCAGAGGAGCUCUUCAAACAUUAUGAGGUGUUCCAUGAGCCAGGAGACCAGCCGUCUCCCUUCAGCCCUGGCAGGGAGGAUCUAGUCCUUCUUCGACAGGAAGUCCAGGAUUUACAGGCUUCACUGAAGGAGGAACGCUGGUUUUCUGAGGAAUUGAAAAAAGAAUUAGACAAAGUACAAGGACAACUAGUAACUAAUAAAGUCUCACAGAGUGGUGGUACCAGUGGAGAACCAUCAGAGCUCGAGAUAAGGCUCAACGAAUCUGAGACGGAGAAGUUCAACAUCAAACAGAUGAAAGACUUAUUUGAACAGAAAGCUGCUCAGCUCGCAACUGAGAUAGUUGACAUCAAAUCUCGUUAUGAUGAGGAGAAAAGCAUGAGAGAAGCCUUGGAGCAGAGGCUGACCAAUCUAAACCAAGAUCUGCAGAGAGAGAAACAGGAGAAGGAGAAAUUGGCGGCAGAGCUGCUUCAGAGGCCUGGAGUGGAAGACGUGGAGGUGUUGAAGAAAGAGCUGGUGCAGGUGCAGACUCUUAUGGACAACAUGACCCGAGAGAGGGAGGAGGAGUCUGAGCGCCUCAAGAGCCAAUACGAACAGCUGCAGGCCAACUUCACUACCUCAGAGAUGACGAUUGCUCAGUUGAAGGCGGAACUGGAGAAGGGUCCUCAGGAAACAGCGGUCUACACCCAACAGAUCCACCAAUUACAGAGCGACCUGAACAACUUCCAGCAGCAGACCCAGCUUUUGUCAGAGAAAUUAUCUCGUAAGGAAAAGGAGAAUCAGGAACUUGAGGAGCGUCUUGGUCAGGAACAGGGCUCUAAGAAGAGUCUUCAGGCUAGUUUGCACCAGAAAGACCUGGAGCUCCAGGAGAGCCAAGCACGGGUAUCAUCAGGGGAGGCAGCUCUGAGUCGGGCCCAGACUGAAUCGACCGAACGCGGGGAGGAGGUUGCACGACUCAAGCGGGAACUCGGUGAGCUGGAGAAGAACCACCAGGUGUUGAAGGCGGAGAGGAAACAACUCCAACAGCAGAGAGAGGAUAAAGAAAACCAGGGCCUGCAGCAGCAAAGUGAGAUCAGCCAGCUGCAUGCCAAGCUGCUGGAAGCUGAGCGUCAGUUGGGGGAGCUGCAGGGCCGGCUGAAAGAGCAAAGACAACUGUCGGGAGAGAAACUCAAAGAUCGGGAACAGCAGGUGACAGACCUGCAGCUUAAACUGUCCCGCCUGGAGGAAGAGUUAAAGGAGACCUCUACCAAGUCUACUGACCUGCAACAUCAGCUGGACAAAUCCAAACAGCAACACCAAGAGCUACAAACACUUCAACAGAGCACUAAUGGCAAACUUAGAGAAGCACAGAACGACCUGGAGCAGGUGUUGCGUCAGAUCGGGGACAAGGACCAGAAGAUCCAGAAUCUUGAAGCUCUGCUGCAGAAGAGUAAGGACAGUGUGAGCCAGCUGGAGGCAGAGAGAGAGGAUCUGUGUGCUAAGAUCCAGGCCGGUGAAGGAGAGGCAGCUGUGCUGAACCAACUACAAGAGAAAAAUCACUCGCUACAGGAACAAAUUACACAACUUACUGACAAGCUCAAGAACCAGUCAGAGAGCCACAAACAGGCUCAGGACAACCUUCAUGAGCAGGUACAGGAGCAGAAGAUCCAGCUGCGUUCAGCGCAAGACCGCUGCCAGGGCCUAGAGACCACCAUCUCUGAACUUAACACUCAGCUCACAGAGAGCAAAGAGAAGAUUGCCCAGCUAGACACACAGCUGAAAGCCAAGACAGAGAUGCUAUUGUCUGCCGAAGCAGCAAAAAAUGCCCAGCGAGCCGACUUAGAGAACCACCUAGAGACUGCCCAGAAUGCACUGCAAGACAAGCAACAAGAGUUGAGUAAAGUGCAGGCUCAGCUGGAGGAGCAGGGCCGCAGGCUGCAGGAAAAGCAGGAGCAGUGCUCUCAGUUGGAGACCGCUCUGAAAGACAGCAGAGACAAACUGCUGACUGCAGAGCAUAGGAUAGAGACACUGGAGACCCAGACCAAGAAAGCUGAGGUUGAGUUAACUGAGCUUCGCUCUGGAAAGGAACAAGCUCAAAAGGAGCAGCAGACGUUGAAGAAGCAGAUUAGUGAGCUGGAGAUGAAGACGAAGGAGCUGAACCGUCUUUUAGACUCUGAAAAACAAGGAGCCGCCACUCAGCAAGAGGAGUUGAAGAAGAAAACCUCAGCCCUCUCCGAAACAAGACAACAGUUGGAGAAGGCAGAGCAAGAGCGUGGAACCCUGCAGGUCAGCCUGGAUAAACUGUCUCAGGAGGGUCAGAAGCACCAGGCGGAGCUCGACAAGAAAGUUCAGGGUCUGAGCGCAGAUCUCCAGAAAGCUCAGGAGGAGAAGGAAGCUCUGACUAAAGAAAUGGUAACGGUAAAAGAGGCUUUGAGCAAAGCUUCUAAAGCCCUGAAAGAGAGCCAGACUCAACUGGAGAAAGAAAAGAAGAGCAGCAAGGCCACUUUGGAAGAGAAGGAGAAGAUUUAUCAGAAAGCACAGCAAGAACUUCAGAAAAACACAGAGACCACUUCUAAAGAGCUUAGCCAUGUUAAAGGUCAGCUCGAGAAAUCUAUAGAGGCUGAAAAGGGUCUUCAAUCUCAGCUGACUUUACUGAACGCUCAGCUAAAACAAUCUCAAGAUACACUGAAAGAAAAAGAAAAGAGUGCGCAGCAGCUACAGGCAGAGCUGAAGACUACGCAGGGGUCCUUCAGCCAGGAAGUGAAGAAACUUAAUGCACAAGUGUCUGAGUUGCAGGCUUCCCUCGCUAAAAAGGCCGAAGAGGAGGCCAAGCUGACGGAGCAGUUGACGGCACUGUCUAAAGAUUUAUCCUCUGAAAAGAAUCGCUGUGCAGAGCUAAAGAAGACCACUGACAGCACCAAAGAGAGUCUCGCCGCCAUUCAGUCUGAUUACUACGGCAAAGAGUCAGAGCUCUCUGCUGUACGCCAGGACCUCAAGGUGUGUGAGGAGAAGCUGGUUCUAGCUCAGGAAGACCUGGUGGCCAACAGGAACCAGCUUAGUGCUCACGAAACCCAGAUCCAGGAGCUGAAGACUGGCCGCACAACGCUGGAGAAAGACCUUGGCAAGAGAGAUGAGAAGAUCAAUCAGCAGGUGGAGGCUCUACAGAAACUCCAAAAACAACAGGAACAAACUGAGGAGCAGCUGAAGAAAGAGAAAGCUCAAUGUGAGGAGCUGAGAGAAUGCCAAAGCGCUCUGGAGAAGGACAAAAACAAAUUGUCUGCUGAUCUCAAAGCUCUGGCCGAGAAGAAUGAGAAGGAGCUGAAGGAGCUCCAGGCGGCGAAGCAGCUGUUGAUCCAGCAGAAGGUGGAGCUGCAGGGUAAAGUGGAAGCAGCUCAGGCAUCUCUGGAACAGGAGCAGAGAGAGCAUCAGAAGACCAGAGACUCAAUCAAACAAAAACAGCAACUGCUCAAAGCUGAGACAGACAAACUACAGCAGCAACUGGCAUCAGAAGUGAAGGCUAAAGAGGAGGUGGAGAAGCAGAGGGAAGAGGCUGAGGUGAAGAUGUCCAUGCAGGUGACGGCACUAAAUGAGAAUGUGGCCACGCUGAAGCGGGAGUGGCAGAGCAGCCAGAGGCGGGUGGGUGAGCUGGAGAAACAGACGGAUGAGCUGAGAGGGGAGAUUGCCGUGCUGGAAGCCACUGUCCAGAACAACCAGGAUGAGAGACGUGCACUGCUGGAAAGGUGUGUCCAGGGUGAGGGUGAGAUUGAGAAGCUUCAGGCUAAGAUGGUGGAGAUGCGCAGGAAGCUGGACGACACCACUGCCGCCAUGCAGGAACUUGGCCGUGAAAACCAGUCUUUACAGAUAAAACAGUCGCAGUCCCUCACACGGAAGUGGGCGGAAGAUCACGAGGUGCAGAACUGUAUGUCUUGUGGGAAAGGCUUCUCUGUCACUGUCAGAAAGCACCACUGUCGACACUGCGGCAACAUCUUCUGUGCAGAAUGCUCUGCCCGCAGCGCCCUGACCCCCUCCUCCAAGAAGCCCGUCCGAGUGUGUGAUGGUUGCUUUGACGAGCUCCAGGGCUGAUGGCCCCCCCACACGCAAACCCGUCCCCUGCAGCCCUCGGCACCCCGCUCCCCUGAGGGCUGAGGGCGGACGCAGAAGCUGCAGGGACCACUGAGGAACAGCAUGUUGCGGUGGUCACAUGAUGCUGCCAAUCAGAUAGAGGGAACACUAAAUUAGCCCGAAAAGAAUGGCUGUCCUCAUCUGUCCAGUGCCUUUGCCACUUACAGGGCCACUUUCAGACCCAGAGGAAUUAAAAGGGAGAGACCGCUUGAGCUUAUGUAUUAUUUGUAAUAUAAAGAUCAGCUCCUUACAGAUGUCUUGUGCUAAAGUACAGCAGCUUUGGCACUCAGGAUUAAGGUUUACAUUGAUAUCGUCUUUUAAAAGAUUUAACUAUAAGAAGCCGAGAGUAUAUACAGAGGAGUUCUGAGUAGAACCAAAGCUGCUCGCAGGGUCCUAAUUUGAUAUAUCGUAUUUGUAAGUAAAUGUACAGACAAAAGAGGCACAUGUGAAUAAUUCAGAUUUAAUUGUCACUCUAUGGAGACUUUAACAUUUGUCAUUCAGUGUGGGCAUGUUCAAAUAAGGUAUGUGGGUGUAAUGUACAUGCUUGCUUUGCUGCUCUUAUGUCUGUUGAAAUGAAACACUUGAUGUUUGUUUUGCAUUCAUAAUCUCACCAGUAGAAGUUGGUGAUUCUUUUAAAGAUUUACACACACAAAAAUGUGUCUUUUUUUGUUUUGUUUUGUUUUGUUUUAUCAAAUUGUACACGUCAGAUAUCCAUGCCCUGCUUUUAAGCAAUAACUGUGCAUUGGGUGUGAUUGUGUGCCUGCUAGCAUAUUGAAAAUGAAUGACAGACCGCUGAUUGUUUUUAAAAUCUCAGCUGCUACAUUUCACGUCAACCUGAGCGGUUUUUCUCUUUCAUGGCAUCUACGCAUGAGCUGGGAGCCAACAUUUUAGACUUAAACGUGUAGUUCAACCAAAAAUGAAAUUUCGGUCAUAAUUUACUCGCAGUUUGUCGUUUCAAACCGGUAUGACUUUCUUUAUUUUGCAGAACACAAAAUCUGAAUAAUCUUUGAAAAUUAUUUUUUUCUCCAUACAAUGGACCCCGUUAGCACAGUGUCUACACCGGACGCGGACGGCGUGACGUAACGCGUCAAAAGACAAUAAAAGCCAUUAUAAUCAGUGAUAUUGUCUACAUUGGAUUCGGCGCGGCACGACACAACAAAUUUCCAACAGUAAAUGGAUUCCCCAUUCUAUUUCUGACGUAGUCUAAGUGCUUUGCAACGGUCGGUUUGUCGCGUUCAGUGUAGACGGAUUUUAGCUGUUGCGGUUUAGACAUGGUGUAACUUUUGGACCCCAUUAACUUUCAUUGAACUUCAACUUUCAACCAAAAAUGAAAUUUCAGUCAUAAUUUUCUCGCAGUUUGUCGUUCCAAAUCGGUAUGACUUUCUUUAUUCUGCAGAACACAAAAUAUGAAAAAUCUUUGAAAAUUAUUAUUAUAUUUUUUUCUCCAUACAAUGGACCCCAUUAACAGCGGCGUGUCCCAUUAUAAUCAGUGAUAUUGUCUACAUUGGAUGCGGCGCCACGCGUUGCCAAGUUCGCGGUUUUCCCGCGGAAUUGGGCUACUUUUACACUGUUGCCGCGGCUUGUUUUUCAUGUCCGCGGGCUGACUUGACCCAAAAUAACGUGAUAUUUAGCCCCUGGAAUGCGAAUUUUACCAGGGGAGUCCCGCCAAAAAAACGCAAAUUUUACCGUGGGACCCUCCUGAAAUGCGAUUGGGCUAGUUUGGGCGAGUUUUGUUGUGAAAACAUGGCAACCCUGGUGACGCGACAAUAAAUUCCCGACAGUAAAUGGAUUCCCCUUUCUAUUUCUGACGUAAUCCAAGCUGGCUUUUAGCUGAUGCGUCGAUGGUCACGUCUGGUGUAGGCAUGGUGUAACUUUUGGACCCCAUUUACUUUCAUUAAACUUCAACUUUCAUCAAAAAACAGGCAUUUUUCAAAAUCUCUUCUAUUGUGUUCCUGUUAUAGAGUUUUGAAACAACAUGAGAGUGCGUAAAUGAUGAGACCUUUUUCGUUUCAUUUUUUUUGUAAACUAUUCUUUUAUUAGAAGCCAUAAGUGUGGCGAGAUGGUCCGAGCAUCAUUAUACCCAGCUAACAAAAAUAUGUUCUAUGAGUGUUUUGCUAACGUUGCCAUUAAGUUAUGAAAACAUUUCUGAAUGUUCUCGCUCAGAACGUUUAAAACGUCCAGAAAAUCAUCUUAUCAUGGUUAUGCAAGGGAACAUUCAAUUUUGCGAAAAUUACUUUUAAAUUGUCUCUGAAACUAGUAACAUUUAAAAAUAUUAGACGAACAUGUUUUAAAAACAUUUCAUGAACGAAGUAAUGUUUUUGUGCUAACAUUUUGAGAACGUUAUUAAAAACCAGAUAACUUUGAACGAACAUUCAAUUAAAGUUACUGUAAGAACGUCAGUUUGUAACUUUGAGAGAACAUUCCCUGUUAGCUGGGUAAAUGCUUAGUGUAGAACUGAAUGUGAGUGAGUGCACUGCAACUAACUGCUGUAAAGUACGCUUCACUGUAUGUGGUUUGUCCAAUAGCCAUGUUCUGAUGUUUUCGCUCUGCUUUAUAGAUUGCACAUGGACUUGCGGCAUCAAUGGCACUGUUUGUUGUCGGUGUGAUUCUGAAGUAUUGAUUACUUGCCGUUUGUGUCGUUAGAUGGAUUCAGGAGCAUAAUGUGUUAUGAUUUUUAUGUAUCCCAGGAAAGAUCAGAAGUGUCUCAGGAUGUUUUGCGUUCAUCACCAGCUCAGUCAAGUGACGUGACUUCAGAAAUUUGAAUAUUAUAUGCCCUUUAACUUGAUUUUUGAAUGAAAUUUGUGCUGCAGUCAACAACAGUAUCGUAUCACUCAGUGCCAUAUAACUGGCCAAAACCGUCCAUCUGACAUCACUUCCUGUUUUCUCUAACCAUUACCAAUGCUGUAAUUAUUAGCAAAGUGUUUGUAGCACAUUCAGAAGAAAAACAGGUUGUGCAGCUUGCAAAUAAAGCUAGGUUGUGAUCGCAUAUGCAAAGUGCAUCACUUGUAUCAGCACUACACAGUAACAGUAUCUGUUAUAUGGUUGUCAUGCAUUAUCAUUAUUACUGAUUGACUCAUAUUCUCACAGCUCACAGCAGGGUAUUCACAUUCAUGUUGUGGUGAUGUAGGUGUGUGCCUUAUGUCAAGCUUUGUUUCGGUCAUCUUUGUGUAUUUCUGAAUGCAGAAACGUCCCAUUUGGGGGGAAAAAACAUCAAAUAUACUAUAUGUUGAUUCAUUUCGCAGGUUUCUACAUAUUUGUGAUGUGAAAGCAGAAUCAGACAUAGAUUAAAAAUCAAUCAGAAUAUUAUAAAAUGCAUAAAAAUGUCAAAUAUCAAAUUCCAAAGGUGAUUUCAGGUUAAAUGGUUUGUUUGCCUGGGGGUCAGGACUCAAAUGAAGAAUGGGUGAACUACCCGUUGUUUGUUAUUGAUGUUAUGGAGGGAAAAAAUGUUCAAAAGUAUUAUGUGUUUUCUAAUUUUCCAUCAUGUUUAAGAGUAAAUAAUAAACUAGUUGUUUCUAUUUUC